AAAAUAUUACAAGUACGAAACUUUUAUCAAUAAGCGAAAAUAUAAAUGAGGAUUAUAUUAAGAUGGCGUCGCACAUGGUGGGUGCAUGGUUAUUGUCGUCACGGCAGAGAUUCCCAAUUUCCAAAGUUAUAGGAUCAAGAUUACUACUGGAAAGACUGGGUUCCACAGCAUGUUUUACAAAUAUAAAAUCUCAACAACUUCAGUUGGGACUCAUACCACCAACACAUUGUCAGUCUCGGAAUUUCAGUGCCCCUCAAAAAAAUUUCUUUAUGAAGUUAAUAGAAAACAUUCAACAAGAGCUGUCAAAGAACAAAGAAAUGAAGGAAAGUCUUAGAAAGUUUAGAGAAGAAGCUGAGAAGUUGGAACAAUCAGAUGCUUUGCAGAAAGCAAGGAAAAAAUAUGAAUCUAUAGAAUCUGAAACAGCAAAAAGCUCUCAGGUUCUGAAAGAACAACUUGAAAGUUGGAAAGACAAACUUAAAGAGGGAAUUGAAGAAGCACAGAAGAGUGAAUUAGGAAAGAAAGGCUUAGAAAUUACUGAAGAGAUCACCAAGUCAGCAAGAAUUGCAGCAGAAUCUCUAAGCAAACAUAGAGAAGAGCUGAGUAAGGGUGAAAAGUUUAAAACUGUCUCUGAGGGAGUUAGAGCAGUUAGACAAGAAAUCAGAGAGAGUACUUUUAGUAGAAUAGGAGUAUAUAAACCACCAGCCAAACUUAGAAAAAGAAUUGAAAAACCAGAUAUGGACAGUGAAGAUAAAGUAGUAACACCUAAUACAGAGGCCACAGGCUUGGAAUUACAUAAAGAUUCCAAGUGGUUCCAAAGUUGGCAGAAUUUUAAAGAUAACAACCCAUAUAUUAAUAAAGUGUUUGAUUGGAAAAUGAAAUAUGAUGAAAGUGAUAACCCAGUUAUUCGAGCAUCUCGAUUAAUAACUGACAAAGUCUCUGACAUUAUGGGUGGACUUUUUCAGAAAACAGAAUUAUCAGAAGUAUUAACAGAAAUCAUUAAAAUGGAUCCAACUUUUGAAAAAGAAAAAUUUCUUAGAGAGUGUGAAGUAGAAAUUAUUCCAAACAUUUUAGAAGCCAUGAUUCGAGGAGAUCUAGAAAUUCUAAAGGACUGGUGCCAUGAGGCACCCUUCAAUACUCUUGCAGCUCCCAUCAAACAAGCACAAAGUGUAGGGUACAAGUUUGACUCCAGGAUAUUGGAUAUAAGUCACAUUGAUCUUGCAAUGGGAAAGAUGAUGGAACAAGGACCUGUACUCAUAAUAACAUUUCAAACACAACAGAUCAUGGUUGUUCGAAAUGCUAAAGGUGAUGUUGUGGAAGGAGAUCCAGACAAGAUCUUGAGAAUGUACUAUGUAUGGGUUUUAUGCCGAGAUCAGACAGAACUAAAUCCCAAGGCAGCUUGGAAGCUCAUGGAUCUUUCAGCAAAUAGUGUACAGCAGUUUCUAUGAUUAGCAAAAUUAUUAGCAACAAGUAUGAUUCAGAGGUUGGUUAUAUAGCCCAAAAAAA